AUUGAAAGGAUGCUCUUUUUCUCUCUCUUGCUCUGUCUGCCACCCCAGUAGACUGUGGACGAGUGGAAGUCCAUUUGAGAGGUUUCUACCGAGCCCAGGAUCACGGGUUCACGGGGGAGGAGGAAGGGAAGGCGAAUUUUGGUUCAAGAAUUUACCAGGAUCAUACGGAAGGAAGUGGGAUAAACAAGUGUGUGUGAGAGAGAGAGCUAGGCUCCCCUGCACUUCUUCACUUUGCUGGCUGGGCUUUCUCUUCUGUGGUUGUUUUUGGGGCUGCUGUUACCUUUGGAUCGCCUUGAAUGCCACCGCCGCCGCUUACUGCUGGAUCUGAGAUUCUGCGAGAGAGAGAGGCGCCACCGCGUGGGAAGAUAAAGCGAGAAGGUUCUCGUCUCCGCUGCUUGGUUUGUUGGUUGGUUCCUGCUUCGAUCUUCGGCAAUUUCCUUUCUUUUGCGGAAUUCUGUGAAAUCUUUGAGAAGGUGAGGGAUCUUGGCUCGGUUUCUGCAGGAAAGGUUUAUUGGGAUUUGAUUUUUUGCCCUCCUGGUUGUCGGUGGUGUUGAGGAGAGCUGCUGGAGCUGUUCUUGCUGAUUUGAGCGAGAAGAUUCUCUUCCGGUUCUCGAGGUGAGAUUUCUUGGCGUUUCACCUGUGCGUGUGUUCUUGGGAGGAGAAGGGAAAGGAGGAGAAUUUCGCUUGGUUUCUGCGCGAAUCUGCGGAAUUUUGGGCCGGAUUUUGUUGAUGAACUUGGUGGAUGGAACGAUUCCUUCCAUUUCCAAGAAGAUUUUUGCAGCAAUAGCAGCAGCAGCAGCAGCUCUGGUACUACCGUGGUAGGCUCCAAUGGCGUCCUCGCCUUCGGCAGCCGUCGCGCCCACCGGAACUCCAUCGCCCGCCGCCGCCACCACGCCAGCAUCCCCUGCCCCGGUGAAGCUGCCCAAUGCCACCCCGGCAGACCCGCCGGCGUCCCCUCCCGCUGCCGCAGCCGUGCCACCCCCACAGCCCACUUCCCCACCGCCCCCCACUCCGACACCACCUCCGGCCACCGUGCCGCCACCGCCGGUUGUCGUUGCCUCUCCACCACCCACCCCAUCAGCCGCAUUGCCACCACCCUCGCCACCUACUGCAGUGCCGCCACCACCUGCAGGUGCUGCCCCUCCGAAGCCGUCGCCUCUACGCCCCCCUGCAGCCGCAUCGCCGCCUCCAUCCCAGAGCAAUUUGCCGCCUCCUAACCCGCCAGAUAGCUCAACCACGCCACCAGUAGCUCAAUCACCUCCACCGCCGCAUCGGAGAUCGCCAAGACCGCCUACGACUGAGCCACAGGCACCACCACCUUCUGCAAGUGUCAUCACACCUCCCACCAGUCCCUCCCCAGCCUCUGGAGAUCCUAUCAUGCCUAAUUCCACUAGCACCUCGCCGCCAACGCCGUCUGCACCAGGUUCUGCCCCCUCAGAUACAGCAGAUAAGCCAACCACCCAGCCAACAUUUGGAAUUUCAAAUCCAGCUCCGAACAAGCCAUGGAGUCCAUCUGUACAGGACAGUAGCCCCUCGCCCAGCGGCGAUGGAGUGUCUUAUGGUGCAAAGGUGGGAAUCGGUGUGGUCGUGGCUAUUCUUGUGCUUAGCUUGGUAGGAGCUGCAUUUUGGUACAAGAAGAAACGAAGGAGAAUGACUGGUUACCAUGCUGGGUUUGUGAUGCCUUCACCUUCACCUUCCUCCUCUCCACAAGUGCUACUAGGUCAUUCAGAGAAAACUAAAACUAACCACACUGCUGGGAGUCACGACUUCAAAGAUGCAAUGUCAGAAUACAGCAUGGGCAACUGUCGGUUCUUCACUUACGAGGAAUUGCACAAGAUCACAAAUGGUUUCUCAGCUCAAAACCUGCUAGGAGAGGGUGGUUUUGGAUCUGUGUACAAGGGUUGCUUGGCCGAAGGAAGACUGGUUGCCAUUAAGAAAUUGAAAGAUGGCAGUGGGCAGGGGGAGCGUGAGUUCCAGGCUGAGGUGGAGAUCAUCAGUCGUGUGCAUCAUCGCCACCUAGUUUCUCUUGUAGGGUAUUGCAUCUCGGGUGACCAGAGAUUACUAGUCUAUGAUUUUGUGCCUAAUGACACACUGGACUACCAUCUCCAUGGACGCGGAGUACCGGUUUUGGAAUGGUCGGCGAGGGUAAAAAUUUCUGCUGGAUCGGCUCGAGGGAUAGCAUAUCUUCAUGAAGAUUGUCAUCCUCGAAUAAUCCACCGUGAUAUAAAGUCCUCUAAUAUAUUGGUGGACAAUAACUUUGAGGCACAGGUUGCUGAUUUUGGUCUUGCCAGACUAGCCAUGGAUUUUGCCACACAUGUAACUACACGGGUGAUGGGGACUUUUGGAUACAUGGCUCCAGAGUAUGCAUCGAGUGGCAAGUUGACUGAGAAAUCCGAUGUUUUCUCUUUUGGAGUUGUUCUCUUAGAGCUCAUUACUGGAAGAAAACCUGUUGAUGCAUCAAAUCCAUUGGGUGAUGAGAGCCUUGUUGAAUGGGCCAGGCCAUUGCUCACAGAAGCCCUUGGGACUGGCAACGUUGGGGAGUUGUUGGACCCCAGGCUGGAUAACAACUUCAAUGAGGUCGAAAUGUUCCGUAUGAUUGAAGCCGCAGCAGCUUGCAUCCGACACUCGGCGUCCAGGAGACCCCGGAUGAGCCAGGUGGUGCGAGCUCUUGAUAACUUAGCGGAUGUUGAUCUAACCAACGGUGUCCAGCCAGGCAAGAGCGAGAUGUUCAACGCUCCUGACACAGCAGAGAUCAGGCUGUUUCAGCGGAUGGCGUUUGGCAGCCAAGAUUUUACGACCGAUUUCACCCAAUCCAGCUGGAACAGUCAUCAGAGUAGAGAUGUUGAUGCCUCUGCCCUGAGGCACUCGCAAUCAUAGUGUAAUUAGCUAGGGUAUUGCUGUCUUGGGUUCAUUUCAUGCUAUUCUUUUGAGUGGAUCAUUCAUUUUCGCUUCUUUUCUUUUUGUUUUCUGUCUAUCAAUGUAUAUCGUGUGCCGAGGUGUACCGGACUCUAGAAGUCUAGAUGAACUGAAUCUUACUAACUCUUGGAAGGGGAAUUCUGUGUUCGCUAGUGAA